GGUAGACAUGAACACGCAGCGUUGUGACGUCAUAGAAGAAGUUGACGUUAGCAACGUCAUAUUGCGCCCGGAAAAUUGCACAAGCUGUUAAUAAAUCGUUUAGGAUGAAUAAUUAAUGGCUAGUGAAAAUCCAGGCUGUUGUGUUUGGCUGAUAAGUUUAAAGAAAUCUUGCAACGAAAGGUUUGCAAGAUUUCGAAACCGCUUGCGCCAAAGAUACUAUGCAAGAAGAGGCAAGACUCUUGACCCAGAAACCCUGUUGAAUGAAACAGGUACUGCCGACAUGGUCGUCGGAAAGAUUGCCAGCAAGGCAAACAAAGUCGUUCCUCAAAAGUUGUCAUUUAUGAAUGACGAUGCUGUUGAUACAGAAAGUACAACAGUGCCAGAUACCACAGCAGACGACAAGACCAUAGCAGACGACAGAUUUGUUUUAGAAUACGUUACACACAUCAUAAACAAGGCAGCCGACACUCUGAGACAGGAGUUGCCUAGCAACACAACCACCAUAUCAGUGAUACCAGCAGACGACAACAUAUCAUUGUCCUCCAGUAUCAUCAGCCAAAUUGCUGAUAUGGCUGUAACGGAGAGCCUGUCAAAUAUUGUGAUGGAUGUCGACAUGAACCACUCUGCUACUACAGCUCCUAGAACUAUCAAAGAAUUCAAGGAAGUAUUUGGCAUAACCGGAUAUGACGACAUUGAUGACGGUCUUCCACCUGUAAGCGUGUAAGAGUACAAGAAGAAAAAAAGAAAGAAACAUCGGUUGUGUUUUUGUUUGUUUUGUUGCUUUUUGUUGUUUUGCUGUUUUUUUUGUGUGUUUUGUUUUUCUUCAUGUUUGAUUUUUUUCUACUUUGCUUCAUUUGUUUGUUUUUCAUCUUUUUCGCUUAUCUACAUGUUCUGCUUAGGCAUCGACUUAUUUUUUCUCAGAUAUU